ACAGGACUUCCUGCAGACACACACACAGAAGUGUUGAGGAGAGGAGCGCUCUCACUUGCUCUGUGUUUGUCUGUGAGGAUGAUGGAGAAAGAAGACGGGAAAUCAGCUUCCCACAGACUCGUAUCAGCGGAGAGCUGGAGCUCAGAUCUGUCAGGCGACUCGUGUGAAUACUAUCAGACGGAGAUAUUCGGUCUGUUGCCGAGCUCACAGGCUUAUCGGAGGCUUCACGCAGACGGCGUCUCUGACCCUCAGGUUGAGAGUUUGGACAGACGCUCCUGGAGCCCCAGCGUCCCGCUCCGAGAUCUUCCCGUCUGUCUGCAGGACAAGAGAGACCUCCGAGAGCUGCAACACCUGCAGAGACGCAGCAUUGGCUACUGGGACUCCUGGAGGCGGAGCCAGCAGAAAACAAGGCGGCGCUUAAAGGAGCAGUUGGGUGGGGCCUUAUCAGGAUUGUUGCUGUGGAAACACACGCUCCAUAAGAUCGAAGGUCAGUUUGGGGUUGGGGUGAAGGCGUACUUCGUGUUCCUGCGGUACCUGCUGUGUCUGAACCUGCUGUACAGCAUCAUUAUCACCGGAACCGUGCUGACGCCGACGCUAAUUUCCAGAAACUACUCAAGUACUCAUGAAUCUCCGGGAUUCCAGACCUACUCAUUUAAAGACUUUUUUGUCGGAUCAGGUGUUCUUGAAACCUCUCCAGUGUUUCAUAGUUUCUACAGUUAUGGGUCUCUUGAUUCAAAAUGUCCAACUUCUCCAAUCCUCUUUCUACUUGGCAUGAUCUCUGUCCUCUUCCUCAGCUACAUCAUGGUGGUCCGCAGGACGGUGGUCGGCUACAAACACUCGUGGCUCACAGGAAACCGCUUCAGUUCCAACAUGAGUUACAAGGUCUUCUGUGGGUGGGAUUUCUCCAUCCAGAGCCCUGAAGCAGCGUCACUGAAACACAACUUCAUCAGGAACGAAUUCAAGAUGGAUCUAGAAGAGCAGACGUUUCAACAGAGAGUCCAGCAGCGAACGCUCAAACACUGGGUUCAGCUCAUCUUGCUGCGAGUCUUUCUGAACUUCCUCGUGCUGGUUCUUCUGGGCAGCUCAUUCAUUCUGAAUUUUUUUGCCAGACGUUUGUCACACACUGAGUGUGGGAAUCAAUGGACUGUGUGUCUGAUGUUGAAGUAUCUUCCUGCGAUCACAAUGACGACAGUAAACUACAUACUUCUACACGUCUUUAGUAAGAUCUCAAAGUUGGAAGAUUACUCGCUCACCAUCCAGUUGAACCUCACUCUAAUCAGGAGCAUUUUCCUAAAUUUGGCGUCUUUGGGCAUCUAUCUUAUCUUCCUCAUUGUUCAAGUUUCUUCAGAUAAAACCAAGUGUGAAGAGAACGUGUUUGGAAAGGAGAUGUACAGACUUACCAUCUUAAACUUCCUGAUGUGUUUCUUCAAUGCAUUUUUUGUGGCCUACCCAAGAACGUUAUUGGUGGAGAGGUUUCCUUCAUCACAUCUGGCGCAGAUAUUAGGCAAGCAGCAGUUCGAGAUCUCCUUCAAUGUUCUGGAUCUGGUCAACAGUCAGACGGUCACAUGGGUCGGUGUGUUUUACUGUCCUCUACUGCCGGCCAUCAGCGCCAUCAGGUUCCUGUUCCUCUUCUAUUUCAAGAAGUUCACAGUGGUGCGGUGUUGUGUUCCGGCUCAGAGAAUGUUCCGGACAGCCAGUUCGUCUGUUCUCUUCCAUUUCAUGCUGUUGUUGGGUCUCUUCAUGGCUAUGAUCACAUUAAUUGCCAAUAUCUUCAGGUUUGAACAGGGUAACUGUGGCCCUUUUGAAAACACAACCGUGUUUAUUGUGACCAGUGGGUGUAUAGAGGAGAAGCUGCCCGGUCCGCUCAACUACAUCUUAUCUGAGGCCUUCGCCUUCGCUCUGAUACUGGCUGAGGUAGUCAUUCUGACGUUGUACGUGUCUCGCAGACGAGCAAAUCAUAUAGCCAUGGGGAGACUAAAGGACAUGUUGGUGAUGUGCAGCUCUGAUAAACGUUUCCUGGUGAAGCAGCACUCGGCGAUCAUGAGACGACAGCAGAGGACAUGUUAACAUCACGUGAAAUAAAUAUAACAAAACUAAAACAAACAGUAACUUAAACUCUUCAUUUAUAAAAGUGCAGGAAAAUAAACUGCUGCAAGGAUUGAUCUAAAGCUACUCAGCAAACAGUGGUCUAUGUGUUUAUAAGUAUCAUGGAGAACUGUUUUUGGUUUUAAUAUAAACGCACAUCAGGGGGGAAAUAAAAUAAAUUCACCAAAUGUGUGACAUGAGUCUUUUAAAGUUUAAUUUUCUGAUUUCAUUUCAUUUCAUUCCAUUAACCCAUAAACCUGGGUUUAUAAUAUUAGGUCAAAGUUCACCUAAAUGUCAGUUUAAUGUGUAAAGUAACGAUGACUAUUUACAGAUGUUUCCUACAGAUUUAUUGUCUGUCACUUUAAAUGCUUUAAAAAUAUAUGGAUUUUAACUGUCUGUUUUAUUUUAUCCAAAGCAACUUACAUUUUAUUCAGGCUAUAUAAUAUUAUUACUUUUUUUAUCCGUAUGUGUGUUCCGUGGGACUCUACCACUGAACCACUCACACCAUUAAUGUUGUUACAGUCUUCCCCAUGAUUGUGUAGCCUAGUGAACCCAACUGAGAGACCAUUGUGAAGACUCAGGAAACAUUUGCAGGUGUUUUGAGUUGAUUCGCUGAU